CGGGUCGUUUGAACAUAAAUUGGUUUCCCUGUUAAUAGAUGCACCCUGUUGUUGUGACUGGAGCUGGAUAAUCAUGGAGUUGAAAAAAGAAAAUCCAGAUAAAUAUUACAACUUAAAUGAGGAAAUUGGAAGAGGUAAAUACGCCGUUGUCAAAAAUUGCUCAGACAAUAAAACGAGGAAACAAUUAGUUGCCAAGCUGAUCAAGUACGAGGCUGAUACCGAGAAGAACACAAAGCAAGAAUUCGAGAUAAUGGCAACCCUUAAACACGAUAAGCUCCUGACGGCUCGAGAUGGAUUCAUCGUCCAAAAAUAUGUGGUUAUCGUAAUGGAUAGGGUUGAAGGAAAAGAAGUACUCGAAUUCCUGGCAGAAAAAACCACUGCAAGUGAAGAGGAUGCAUCCCUUGUCAUUGCUCAGCUUGUUGAUGCUCUUACUUAUCUGCACAAGAAGAAUAUUGUUCAUCUGGAUAUCAGGCCGGCAAACCUUUUUUUGUCCAGAGACUUUAAACUGACUCUAAUCGAUUAUGGGAACGCCAGGCGGAUCCAAUCUCCCGAUGGCCAAUUUGUUGACGCGGUUGGAGUCACUGAGUUCACAGCUCCAGAGGUACUCAACUUUGAGAUGACCCAUUGGGGAGCAGACAUGUGGAGUGUGGGAGUACUCCUGUACAUAUUGUUAAGUGCUACCCUACCCUUCACCAUAGAGGACAGUGACGACCAAAAUGCUGACGACAAAGUUGCUGCAAAAGUCAAAUCAGUUUCAUAUGAAAUGCCGGUCAGCUUGUUUCGCAACGCCACACAAGAAGCCGAAAAUUUGAUCAAGAAACUUCUUAUUAGACAGCCUGAGAGACGACCGACAGCUUCAUCCUGCUUAGAUGAUCCCUGGCUCUCGCCCAUCCUUACUCAGAAAAGGAAAUCCUCCGAGAUACCAGCUUCCAAAUUUAAAUUCCUAAAUGAUCAGCUGAAAGAAGCGGAAGAGGACGAACUGAUUGUUGCUUCGUGCGUUCUUCGCUCGUUUGACGAAGAAGCUUAUGAGUCCCCUGAGGAGGAAGAGGAGGAGGAGGAGAAGGAGGAAGAGUAGAACAAAAAAACUUCCUCAAAACCAGUGUACAAAGAUGCCGUAACUCUUAAGAGAAAACCAAAAUAUAGGAGAUAGCAAGAUUUGGUCAAAAGGAAAUGAGACCUAAGUGAGACUGUCGUUUUUCUUAACGAGCUGGUUCUCGAAGAAAGAGCGCUUUAUAGAAGAAAGAAAGAGAUACGAGAAUAACAGACAAAUCUCAGAAACAUUUUUGUAUUUCUUAGUGGAUUGGGAAUAAAGUUUCUUUGACCACUCCCGAUAGUGGAGAGAUUUGGACUGUUG